GCAGACUAACGCGAGCAAAGAGCUGCCUCCGAACUCAGAGACUGAGUUUUAAAGACCUGUUGGAAUUUACCGCUGAGCUCCAGCGUUUAUUUUUCAUUUCAUGAAGCGGACUUUUUUUGCAACAAGUCAGACCUGCACAGAACUUUACAUGAGUUUUGCACUGGAUUUGAUCCUUUUGUAAAUUUAAUUACGCGUGUGCGUAAUUUUGAGGACAGUUUUGUGGAAGUCUUUGUAGCUCAUAGUGGAAACUUUUUCAUCUUUUUUUUUAAGGAUUUACGUGCUUCAUAAUAAAAACUUUAUUCUCAGUGCUCACAUCCUCCUGUCGGAUUUCGGUGGUAUGAUGUGGCUUUUACGCGUUUCCGUUGGCAUGAUUUGCGCUCUGUGCGUGAGCGCGUGGGAGGAGAGCACCGUGGUGCCGGUGAGGUUGGACCCGCUGGCCCGGUCGGACAGCGAGGCCGAACCUUGGAGGACUCUGUCCGCGGAGGAGAAGGAGAAGGAGGGGGAGCUGAGAGCGUACCGGUUGGACGUAUUUGGCCAGCGACUGGUUUUGCAGCUGGAGCCCGAUCAGACCUUCUUGGCACCGGGUUUUGUCUUCCACGUCGUGGGGAGUCCCGAAUCCGACCCGACGCAGGGUCCAAAGACCGGAGCCGAACCGGGCUGCUUCUUCUCGGGCACGGUGAACGGAGAGGAGCACUCCGCCGCGGCACUCAAUCUGUGCCACGGACUCCGGGGGGGAUUCUACUUCCAGGGCGAAGAGUACUUCAUCCAGCCGCUCAACGCGAGCGGCUUCCUGGGCACGGAGGAGGACCCGCACUCGGUCCGCCGGAGAGGACGUGCAGCUCCGGCUGAGGAGGAGGGCAGCAAGUGCGGGGUCAACGAGGACGAGGAGAGGGUGCCAAAGAAUCUGCAGAAAGACGCCAGUCACGGAGCCCCUAACGCAGACCAGACAGUGCACAGCAGGACCAGGCGAUUCGUCUCCACCCCUCGCUACCUCGAGAUCAUGCUUGUCGCCGACCAGUCUAUGGCUGAGUUCCACGGCGCCGGGCUCAAGCCUUACCUUCUGACCAUCAUGGCGGUGGCGUCGCGCCUCUAUCGCCACCCCAGCAUCCACAACUCCAUCAGCCUGGCCGUGGUGAAGCUCCUGGUGGUGUACGAGGAGGAGCGGGGCCCUCAGGUGUCGUCUAACGCCGCCAUGACCCUGCGCAACUUCUGCCAGUGGCAGCGGCAGCACAACCCUCCGAGCGACCGCCACCCGGAGCACUACGACACGGCUGUGCUCUUCACCAGGACGGACCUCUGUGGUGCCCACUCUUGUGACACUUUGGGUAUGGCGGACGUCGGCACUGUGUGCGACCCUGACAGAAGCUGCUCAAUAAUUGAAGAUGAUGGUCUUCAGGCAGCGUUUACUGUGGCUCAUGAACUGGGCCAUGUCUUUAACAUGCCUCAUGACGAUGCCCAGUUGUGUUCCGGGGUCAAUGGCGCCCACUGGGGCUCCCACAUGAUGGCCUCCACCCUCUCCAAUCUGGACCAGCAGCAGCCGUGGUCUCCGUGCUCCGCUCUCAUGGUCACCACCUUCCUGGACAACGGCCACGGUCACUGCCUCCUGGACAAGCCAGUCAAGCCUCAGGCCCUUCCCCAGCCGCUCCCAGGGACGGUCUAUGACGCCAACCACCAGUGCCGUCUCACAUUUGGCGAGGACUCCCAGCACUGCCCAGACCUGAGCACGACGUGCGCAGCCCUGUGGUGCACGGUCACCACGUCCAAUGGCUUGCUGGUGUGCCAGACGAAGAACUUCCCCUGGGCCGAUGGGACAUCAUGCGGACACGACAGCUUCUGCCUGGCCGGCCAGUGCCUCACGAAGAGUCAGGCAGCGAAACACCAGACUCCUGUCAAUGGUGGUUGGGGUUUGUGGGGUCCCUGGGGGGAUUGCUCACGGACAUGUGGUGGAGGAGUGCAGUAUUCAUUCCGCUCCUGUGACAACCCAAUGCCCAAGAAUGGAGGGAAAUACUGCGAGGGCAAGAGGAUCCAGUACCGCUCCUGCAACACUGAAGCCUGUCCUGAUACCAAUGGCCUCUCGUUUCGUGAGGAGCAGUGUCUGGCCCACAAUGACAUGUCGGCUCAAGUGUCACUGGGUUCAGGCGAGGGCGUUGAGUGGGUGCCCAAGUAUGCUGGAGUCUCACCCAAAGACCGCUGCAAGCUGGUGUGCCGAGCCAAGGGGACUGGAUACUUCUUUGUCCUCAAAUCCAAGGUGGCUGAUGGAACUCCCUGCAGCCCGGACUCCACCUCCGUUUGUGUCCAAGGCCAGUGCGUGAAGGCGGGCUGUGACCGCAUCAUCGGCUCCAACCGACGCUUUGAUAAGUGCGGCGUGUGCGGUGGGGAUGGCUCCACCUGCAAGAAAGUGUCCGGCUCUCUGGAGCGAGCCAGGCCUGGCUAUCAGGACGUGGUCACCAUCCCCGCUGGUGCCACCCACCUGGACGUCAAACAGCGUGCUCCCGGCAACAGUCGCCAUGACAACAGCUACUUGGCGGUGCGUCGCCAGGAUGGAACGUACCUCUUGAAUGGCGAGUACAAGCUGAUGACUAUGGAGACGGACAUUCCCCUGCAAGGGGCACUGUUGCGGUACAGCGGCUCGUCUGCCACCUUGGAGCGCCUUCGCAGCUUCGCGCCGCUCCCCGAGCCCCUCACCAUCCAAGUGCUGUCGGUCGGCGAGGCUCCCCGGCCGAGAGUCAAGUACAGCUACUUUGCACCUCGACCCAACAACGCCGCCUCAACUCCUAACAGCAACGGUGGCCGCCGCCAGUCCAUCAACGCCAUCAGAGAGGUGGGCGGAGCCGAGUGGACCCUGAGGGAGUGGGGUCCGUGUUCCCAGACGUGUGGUGGAGGCACGCAGCAGAGAGAGGUGGUGUGCGCGGACCCUCAGGGACGUCCCUCUGAGGACUGCCCCGAGGAGCUGCGACCCCUGGCCUCGCGGUCCUGCGCCUCGCAGCCGUGCCCCUCCUGGCUCCUCGGAGAAUGGUCGCUCUGCUCAAAGACCUGCGGGCGGGGCUUCCGCAAGCGCCAACUGCGCUGCGUCGGCCACGACGGCCGCACGCUAACCCACGACAGCUGUGACCCCAAAGACAGACCACGACCCCUGCUGGAACUCUGCAAUCAGAGCGGCUGCUGAGGACUCCAGCGGACUCUCGUCUUCUCUGCCUCUGGCUGGAAGACGAAUGUUUACAUCCAGAAGAAGAGUGCAACCGGCGGCGACUUUUAACUCCAGCUACCAAUGCGGGACCAUUCCCUCCAUCCAUUUCGGGGUCAGAGGUCACAGUUGCACCAUCUCGGACUGCUCAAGCAUGCUGCUCACCAUGUCGGCGUCAUGUUCAUGUGUGUGUGUGUGUGUGUGUGUUUGUGAGAGAGAAACAAGCUGUAUGUACGUGUGUGUGUGAAAGUUUUAAUGCAUGUAUAUAAUGUUUGUCCAAGCUGGGCUGGACAGACCAAUAAGGGUCGGGAUGGGGGGGAUGGGGGGGUUAUUUCAGAGUAUAUAAAUGAAAGAGAAUAGCUCAUAGUCUACUUGUCCACCCCAUCAGGUAUGGAAAAUAGGAAUAGCUCGUAGUGUUUAUGUUCAAACUUCAGUCCACAUUUAUUUAUCGCAGACCUGAAGCACUUCAUCUUUGCCAGCGGCACAUCGUAACACCCCGUUUCUCUCAAAGCCUCAGUACUCCGUACUUCGACCUUUCUAGCCAUAUCUAGCCCUCAUCUACUCUGCCUUCAGUGAGGGAACUCUUCCGAGACCAAAGAGGACUGUGAGAGUGUGUAUGUGGGUGUGUGUGUAUGUCAAUGUGUGUGUGUGUGUGUGUGUGUGUGUGUGUGUGUGUGUGUGUGUGUGUGUGUGUGUGCGCGCGUGCGUGUGUGUGCGGAGACCUAAUGAGGGACUUGUCUCCUGCUACUACUUCAUAAGUAAGUCUCUCCUGCCUUCUGCGAAGGCACUUCCAAGAUUUUUUCUUCUCCUUUUGUACAGAAUAUCCUAACUUUAUUUAUUUUUGUACAGCCUGUUUAAAUAUAAUCAUGUGGCUUUUUUAAUAUUUUUUAUUUGUUAUUGAGAUCACAGAAGGAAGUAGAAUAUAAAGAGUAUUUAUACAGUGUUAUAUAUGG